ACCUACCGGUACGCUACCUACGUACAUACGCUUAAUACUACAUAUACUACUUAAUACUGUUGGCGCUAUUCCACCACCAACACCCAACACCACCACUACCAAUGCGCGAUGGGCAAAAAGAAUAAGAAGCCCGCAGCGGCCGAAUCUCCUACUUUGGAGCCAGAGCCCUCGGCAUCAUCUUCGACAACAAAUAACAAGAAAAAGGCCGCUGCUUCCUCCGUACCGCAACCUCCUUCGGCCGCGCCACCUUCUUCUGCGCUUGUGAUUUGUCGAAAUAAACAUUGGCGCUACAUAUCAUCCUUUCAUGGCCCAUGGCUGCAGUUGCCACUCGAAGUCCUCGAAACCCUUGCCAACGCCAAUUACUAUAUGCCCUUACCCCGUCCCGUCGAUCCGGCAGUUUUUUACGAUCUGGUCAAGAUAAGACAACUAGUAGACGGUGCUACGGAUUUGGCCGUACGCGCUGCUAAUGGCGUCGCAUCUUCAACUUUGUCCAAUUCCCUGGCAGGCGGCGCCGCGCAUCACAUGCAAGCAUUAGGACUUGGAUUCGGGAACAAUGCCGGCGCAAAGCUUAGUCCUGAAAGGAGAUUUCGGAUGCGAGAGCAGGCAACCCAGAAAUUGUCCCGCGCUUACCAUCUCGAUGAAAUAGCCUCUAGUGUAGCUACAAUGCAGUCUACUUCGACCCUGGAAAACGUCGCUGGCCUCGUCCUACAAAGAGCGCCGAACGACCCCGACGCCAACUAUGUCCACUUCUUCCACGAAAAGAUACCGUCGAGACAGCUAGCUGAGUGCACCGACUUUCGAGCGCUGAACCUCAUUAUUGGUCAACGACCUUCGGAUUGCGAACCUCUGAGGACUCGCGCUAUCGUUCGUAUGUUUAAAGAGGACUUUGAAGGUGCUGUUCAGGACCUUUCAAGCGGUUUGACUGUCUAUCGUCUCCAACAGCCACGGCAUAGGCCCACGAUGGAUGAAUUAAUACCCCUAGAACAAAAAUAUCGACGACGGCGAGAUAACCCUCCUCUAGACGAGAGUAACCAGCCAAGUAGUACCGAGGUACAACUUUUGUUUCAACGCGCCGGUUGCUACCUUACCUUGGCCUGUGAUCAUGUUCCGUCUGCACUCCCCGAGUCGCCUACUGAGCGAAAUGGAGCGUCACAGGCCGAUGUGAACAGCGCUAGCAAUGGCACAUCUAAUGGCGUUUCCAUGUCGCAGGAGCCAGACAUAGAGACAGAAGCAGGUGACAAGGAGUCGGCCAAGAGGCAACUUGAUGCGCGCAAAACCGUACGACUUUAUGCGAAACGCGCCUUGCGAGAUUAUAUGGAGUAUCUCAAGCACUUUCACUACUCGCCCGACUAUCCCUUCGAAAUAUCGGACGACUUUAGCCGGCAAGUAAAUCAAGCUACGCAUCGCACUAAGAAGUAUUAUAAUCAAUCUCGGCACGCAUCCCAGGAUCCAAGCAGUCCUACUGGGAUACCGGCUGCUCACAAAGUAUACCAGCUGGCAUCACUAUUCUCGGCUACACCUCCGGCAGAUCUACCCCCUUAUCCGUCAACGGAGAUUGUUUCAACCGGGUCCGCCGCCACGGAGUCAGCCCCAACGGCCAGUGAGGUGGUAACCUACCACCCACUAUUGACAGAUGCCUUGCAUUCGCUCCUAUUAUGUCAUGCCCUUAUCCAAACAUCGGCCAAGGAGUUGCAGCGCCAUGCACACAUGGCUGCUCGUCUCGCUCGUCUUGCCGAUGGCUACCCGGUAUUUCAGGCUAGCAGGUCUCCCGCACGGGCAGAUUGGAUCGAGGUUCUCCGUAGAGCCGAGAACUGGAUCGAAUUAUCUUCGAGCUGGGAGGUUCUCUGCGCCCCUGCGCCAUUACCUUCAUCGAUAUUGUCGAAUGGGCUUUCAGCGGCCACCGCUGGCAUCAACACCCUUUCCAUUAAUGGAGGCGCAGCUCCCGUGGAAACGGAAGAGCAGCGAAAGGAACGAAUGCGUCAACAGGCGAUCAUGGAGGCACUUGAGGACGAGCGUGUUAAUGACGAGGCAAGCUUUAAGGCAGCGAUCCUAGCCCGGCAGCGCAGAGCUGAAGCAGAUCACGCGUGCAUUUCUAGCGGCGGGGUUCCUAGUCCGAACACCGGCCCGAAGCGGUGGGCUGUUGACGAUGGUAGAGAGUAUCCUAUUCUCACUGAGCGUGCGGAUGCGAUUGCGAGAUGGAUACGUGAGGCCCCGAUGGGGUCUGGAAGUGGAAGCAACAAACGUAAAAAGAAGCCGAGAGCUGCCAAGAAGCCUGUCGAGCAUGAGCCGACGGAUGCGGCCGAUGUAGUCGAUGCGGUCGAUGCGGUCGAUGCGGUCGAUGCGGCGGAUGUGGUGGAUGCGACCGAAGCUACGUAGUAUCAUGGCUAACUGCCAGUUACUAACCUAACCUAGGUAGGUACUUACCUAAGGUGACCAAAGAGUAGGCAGUUAUUUGGAGCAACUACUACUACUACUACUACUAGUAUGUUAAUACAUAGCGAUCAAGGCCGUUCGAAUGAACACAUCCAGUAGUAUUGUAAAAGGAAAGCCAGUAACGUUUUUUUUUUUAAAAAAAACGUAGUCGAAGGUGAAAUCUUCGACACGUCGAUCAUGGCAGAAAUGCAUGGGCACUUUGCUACCAUUUGUGUACCUUCUCUCCAAUCAUGGCGUUACGUCAUUGAGGCUUGUGCGCUGAGAUAUUCAUGUAAAAUCCUUCCGAGUCUAGAUCCAUAUCAUACGCCAUACAUAGGUGCCUAGGUACCUAAUUAGCCCCCUAAUAAUAAUUACAAUGUACAAUACAUAUGUAUCCCACCUGCUAUUAUGUACUAAUAGUGCCUACAUACUGCC